UUCUAACUCUCUUACCUCAAUUAUGUAGUUCACUAUUUUUAGGGGUGUUUAGUUUCUCCUUUCUUUUGAAACCUUAGCUCUUAUUAUUUUUUAACCUUCUUUUCCUUUUUUAGUCUCAACCCUUUAUUCUUAUCUCUUCUCUCCUUCAUUUUUCUCAAUAUUUGGUGCAAAUCUGUUUCCUUUCGAAGUUGCUUUUCUUGCUGCAAAGAUGGUGAGAGGGAAGACGCAGAUGAAGCGUAUAGAGAACGCAACAAGCAGGCAAGUAACAUUUUCAAAGAGAAGAAAUGGUUUGAUGAAGAAAGCUUUUGAGUUAUCAAUUCUGUGUGAUGCUGAGGUUGCUCUUAUUGUUUUCUCACCAAGAGGAAGACUCUAUGAAUUUGCAAGUUCAAGCAUUCUAGAAACAAUUGACCGUUACCGCAUUCAUAGCCGAGUUAAUAAUACUCAAACAACAUCUGAUUCUGUGGAAACUACUCAGCAUUUGAAGGAAGAAGCAGAAAACAUGAUGAAAAAGAUUGAUAUUCUUGAGACUUCAAAACGGAAACUGUUAGGAGAAGGUUUGGGGUCUUGUUCCAUUAAUGAACUACAAAAGAUAGAGCAACAGUUGGAUAAGAGUAUAACCAAAAUUCGAGCAAAAAAGGCUCAGGUUUACAGGGAACAAAUAGAUCAGCUAAAAGAAAAGGAAAAAGCCCUAGUAGCUGAAAAUACCAGACUCUCUGAGAAGUAUGAUAGUUAUUCAUCACAGCAAGCAAAAAAGGAUGACAGAAAAAAUAUAGCAGAAGGUGAAGCUUUUGCGGCGGAUCAAAGUAGUCCAAGUUCAUACGUGGAGACUGAAUUAUUCAUUGGUCUUCCAGAAACAAGAACAAGAAGAAUUUCUCCAAACUUGAGGAUUAAUUAAUUCCUCUGACUAUGCAAAAGAAAAUAAGUACAAGGAAAAAUGUUUCCUACCAUCAUUCAGAUAAAUAAUAGAGGUGAAUUUUGUGUGUCA